AUGGCGGCGCUGGUGCGGGGGGCGGCGCGGGGCCUGCUGCGGGGCCGGGGGCCGCCCGGGCAGCGGGCGUGGCUGGCGGUCGGGGGCCCCGACGGGGAGGUGGCGGAGGCGCAGCGUCAGGGCGGGGGCCCCACCGUCUUCGCCAGGAUCCUGGACGGCUCCCUCCCGGCCGACGUCCUCUACCAGGACCAGCAGUGCAUGGCCUUCCGGGAUGUGGCCCCGCAGGCGCCGGUGCAUUUCCUGGUGAUCCCCAGGCGGCCCGUCACCCGCCUCAGCUGCGUGGCCGAGAGCGAUGCCCAGCUCCUGGGGCACCUGCUACUGGUGGCCAGCCAGACCGCGAAGGCACAGGGACUCUCCGACGGCUACCGCGUAGUGAUCAACGACGGGAAGCACGGGGCCCAGUCCGUCUACCACCUGCACCUCCACGUCCUGGGGGGCCGUCAGAUGGGCUGGCCGCCAGGCUGAUCUUCUGGCUCUCAAAGUGGCUGGAA